GCAAGGAGUCGGAAUCUGGGUUCGGAGUAAAAAUGCAGCUCCAUAUAUCCCCAAGCCUGAGGCAUGUAACAGUUCUUCCUACCAAAGGCGUAAAGGACUUCAUCAAAUUCAGAGUUGCCCCUAGACGAUUCUCAUACCGUGUUGUAUUCUAUUCCCUCCUGCUCUUCACUUUUCUGCUGCGGUUUGUCUUCAUGUUGACUGCUGUAGACACCAUUGACGGACAAAAUAAAUGUUCACUCAUUGGUUGCUUGGGAAGAAAAAUUGCACCAAGUAUUAUAGGAGGGCAAUUCGAAUCAAAGCUGCCAGAAGUUAUAUAUAGAGUGUUGGAGGAACCAGAAAAUCAGACAGAGAUACAGGAAGGGAAUGAAUUUCCUCAGACCCUCAAAGAUUUAGUUGCAGAAUUCAAAACUGAAAGACCAGAUGCAAAGACCUUUGCAGUCAAGCUCAAAGCUAUGAUCAAUUUCCUAGAGCAAAGGACAAGAACUGCGAAAGUCCAAGAGUACCUAUAUCGCCAUGUGGCAUCCAAUAGCAUCCCUAAACAGCUACACUGCCUUUCUCUAGAACUAGCAAAUGAGCACUCAAUUAAUGCUAAUGCUCGUCUCCAGUUGCCAUCACCAGAACUUGUACCUGCCCUGGUAGAUAACUCGUUCUUCCAUUUCAUUUUGGCCACUGAUAAUGUUCUUGCUGCCUCAGUUGUUGCUUCCUCGCUUGUCCAAAACUCAUUGCACCCAGAAAAGGUGGUGUUUCACAUAAUCACAGAGAAGAAAACUUACUCCCAAAUGCAAGCUUGGUUUUCCUUACACCCUUUGACACCGGCAAUCCUUGAGGUUAAAGGCCUACACCAUUUUGAUUGGUUCACAAAGGGGAAAGUUCCGGUUUUGGAAGCAAUGGAGAAAGACCAAAAAGCACGGUCCCAGUUCAGGGGAGGUUCUUCUUCCAUUGUGGCAAACCAAACUGAAAACCCUAACAUUAUUGCGGCAAAGUUACAAGCACUCAGUCCUAAGUACAACUCGCUAAUGAAUCACAUACGGAUUCAUUUGCCAGAGUUGUUUCCUACUCUGAACAAGGUGGUCUUCCUCGAUGAUGAUGUAGUGGUCCAAACUGAUGUCUCGCCUUUGUGGGACAUUAACUUGAAUGGAAAGGUGAAUGGAGCAGUGCAAACCUGCACAGGGAAGGAUGAGUUUGUAAUGUCUAAACGCUUCAAGAGUUAUCUGAACUUUUCUCACCCUCUAAUAGCAAACAACUUUGACCCUAACCAAUGUGCAUGGGCAUACGGCAUGAACAUCUUCGAUCUUGAGGCAUGGAGAAGAACAAACAUAAGUCAAACAUACCAUCACUGGCUAGAACAAAACUUGAAGUCAGACCUGAGUUUGUGGCAACUAGGAACAUUACCUCCUGGCCUAAUUGCAUUUCAUGGCCAUGUACAUAUCAUUGAUUCCUUCUGGCACAUGUUAGGACUUGGCUAUCAGGGUAAUACAAGCCUUGAAGAUGCUGCAAGUGCUGGUGUUAUCCACUUCAAUGGCAGGGCAAAACCUUGGCUAGACAUUGCAUUCCCACAACUUCGAUCACUAUGGAGCAAGUAUGUCAACGUCUCAGAUAAAUUCAUCAAAAAGUGUCACAUAACAGCAUCAUGAGUUGUAUUAAGGAAAGGGUGUCUUGAUCUUCAUCUUUCAUAGAGGAGAAGAACUAAUAGAAACUUUUCCAAAAGCAGAGGCAUCAGCUCGUCAUGUGAUGAAAAGUACUGCCCAGGCUUACAUGUCUUCAACUGGUCUUCACUACAAGCAUAUGUAUUCUGAUGCUCUCAAUUGUGCAUAUAUAUGCAUGAUCGUAUAAAGAUUAUGUUAGGAUGUCUGAUUUUUUCCCUCUUCUCUAUCUUCAUUGUAGAAAUCCCAAUUCAAAUAUUAUCUUAACAUGCAGAGUUAACAUAUGCGUGUGAAUCAUUUUCUGAGGAGUGAAACUUCCAUAGUUCCACCCUAACUCAAGUUAAUUGUAAU